CCCGGGACUGCGGGGAAGGCAGGCGGGCGGCGGCGGCGGCGAGGAUGGUCCGGACCUGAGCGCGCCUCCGUCCUCCGGCGCUCCCCUGGCCGGCUCACCUGUUACCUGCUCGCCUUUGUGGGCGCUUGGCAGAAGUUUUCGGCUUUCGGCCCGGCUUUCGGCCGCGGGGCGACGGACAGCAGCCUCCGCCUCACCAUGGGCCGGGCCGCCCAGGUGGCCUCGCUGCUCGUGGGACUAGUAAUGCUGGCCGGCCGGGAGCGCAGCCAGGCGGCCAAGAAAAAUGUGCCGCGGCUGAAAUUAUCCUAUAAAGAAAUGUAUGAAUCCAGCAAUAUAGCUACUUUCCAAGGACUGGUCAAUAGUUCUAGUUACCACACAUUCCUUUUGGAUGAGGAACGGAGUAGACUCUACGUAGGAGCAAAAGACCACAUAUUUUCUUUCAACCUAGUCAACUUCAAGGAUUUUCAAACGAUUGCCUGGCCUGUCUCUCAUAGUCGGCGGGAUGAAUGCAAGUGGGCUGGAAAAGAUGUUAUGAAAGAGUGUGCUAACUUCAUCAAGGUCCUGAAAGCUUACAACCAGACCCAUUUGUACGUCUGUGGAACUGGAGCUUUCCAUCCUAUGUGCACAUACAUUGAAGUUGGAGGACAUCCUGAGGACAACAUUUUCAAACUGGAAGAUUCACAUUUUGAAAACGGCAGAGGAAAAAGCCCUUAUGACCCCAAACUUCUGACAGCUUCUCUUUUAAUAGAUGGUGAGCUUUACUCAGGAACAGCAGCAGACUUUAUGGGGAGAGAUUUUGCCAUCUUCCGCACUCUGGGGCAUCACCACCCGAUCCGGACUGAGCAGCACGAUUCCCGGUGGCUUAACGAUCCCAGGUUUAUUACUGCUCAUUUGAUCCCUGAAAGUGACAAUCCAGAAGAUGACAAGAUAUAUUUUUUCUUUCGAGAAAAUGCAAUUGAUGGGGAGCAUUCUGGGAAAGCCACGCAUGCCAGAAUAGGACAGAUCUGCAAGAAUGACUUUGGUGGACACAGAAGCCUUGUCAACAAGUGGACAACUUUUUUGAAAGCACGGUUAAUGUGUUCUGUGCCAGGACCUAAUGGCAUCGACACCCAUUUCGAUGAACUCCAGGAUGUGUUUCUAAUGAAGUCAAAAGAUCCUAAAAACCCAAUCAUCUAUGCAGUAUUUACCACUUCCAGCAAUAUCUUCAAGGGCUCAGCUGUUUGUAUGUACAGCAUGGCUGAUGUGAGGCGGGUGUUCCUGGGUCCCUACGCUCACAGAGACGGUCCCAACUACCAGUGGGUCCCCUACCAAGGAAGGGUGCCGUACCCUCGGCCAGGAACCUGUCCAAGUAAGACUUUUGGAGGCUUUGACUCAACCAAGGACCUACCUGAUGAAGUCAUCACCUUUGCAAGAAGCCACCCAGCGAUGUACAACCCCGUAUUUCCUAUUAAUAACCGGCCCAUUAUGAUUAAGACAGAUUUGGACUAUCAGUUCACACAAAUCGUGGUGGAUCGGGUAGACGCAGAAGAUGGCCAGUACGACGUCAUGUUCAUUGGCACAGAUAUUGGGACCGUUUUGAAAGUGGUUUCUAUCCCAAAGGAAACCUGGCAUGAUCUGGAGGAAGUGUUACUGGAAGAGAUCACCGUCUUUCGGGAACCCACACCUAUUUCAGCCAUGAAGAUUUCCACGAAGCAGCAACAGCUCUACAUCGGCUCAGCGGUCGGAGUCUCCCAGCUUCCUCUGCACCGCUGUGACGUCUACGGGAAAGCCUGCGCGGAGUGCUGCCUGGCCAGGGACCCCUAUUGUGCUUGGGACGGGGCUUCCUGCUCCCGCUACUUUCCCACUGCCAAAAGGCGCACCAGACGACAGGACAUCCGAAAUGGAGACCCUCUCACUCACUGCUCAGACCUUCAACAUCCCGAUAACCCAAGCGGGACUGGGCUGGAAGAGAAGAUUAUCUACGGCGUAGAGAACAGCAGUACUUUCCUGGAGUGCAGCCCAAAAUCUCAACGUGCUCUGGUCUACUGGCAGUUUCAGAAGCAAAAUGAGGAUCGGAAAGAAGAGAUCAAAGUAAAUGACCGUUUGAUCCGGACAGAGCAAGGUCUUCUCCUUCGGAGCUUACAGAGGAAGGAUUCAGGGCUCUACUUCUGCUAUGCUGUGGAGCAUGGCUUCAUGCAAACCCUCCUCAAGGUCACCUUGGAGAUCAUAGACACGGAACACCUGGAAGAGCUUCUUCAUAAAGAAGAAGAAGGAGACAGUUCCAAGGUCAAGGAGGCCUCCAAUGGCAUGACUCCCAUCCAGAAAGUGUGGUAUAGAGACUUCAUGCAGCUCAUCAACCAUCCCAACCUAAACACAAUGGAUGAAUUCUGUGAGCAGGUAUGGAAACGGGACCGCAAACAACGCCGGCAAAGACCUGCUAAUGCCCAGGUGAACCCAAACAAAUGGAAGCAUCUACAGGAAAAUAAGAAAGGUAGGAAUAGAAGGACCCACGAGUUUGAGAGGGCACCACGAAGUGUCUGAGCGACAAUUACCUCCAAAAAAACCCUUUUAUCCAAGUAAAACCUUGCAUAACUGGAAAUGAGAUGCAAUACAGACAAAUGUUUUCUAUGGCAUUUACGUGGAUGUUUACAAAGAGCUGGGAAGCUUGAAUGAUUUCCGCUUGGUUGAAAAUGGGCCCCGUUUGCUGAAACAUUUUCCAUUGGGCUCGUCUCGUUGACCCCCGACAUUUCUGGAACGUAAGAUGACUCUGAAACCAGCGUAUGGUUUUGUGGUUUUGCAGUGAGAUGAACUUGCAUUUCUCUUUGGACUGAAGUAAAGAGGACUGUCAUGCUUCAUGCCGCCAUUUUCAAAAGGAAUUAUAAGGAAGAAAAAAUGCUCUCUGGGACUUCUCUUGAACUUGACUAAAGAACUGCAUGGAUUUUGGAAAGCUAAGGAACAGAACCUUCACACUUGGUUGUAUGCAAGACUUAUACACCCUUUUUGCCUACUAGUUCUCUUGUUUAUAAAUGUGCUGGAAGAAUGGAAUUAAUACUGUAUGCAAUUACUCAUUAGAGUCACAUGGACCCCAACCAAUAACUCCCUGAAGCCAUGGCAACAGCAGGUGGAUUAUUCUGGCCCUACUACUGAAGACUUUCCUAACCUUUGACUUAAAGAUGUAUUUUAUUAAACAACUAUUUAAAUAUACCACAACCAAUAUGCAGUCAAAGAUAGCUCUUUUGGGGGGGGGGAGAUAGAAUAGCUUUUUGUCUGAUAAUAUUAUGAUAUUCUAAUUUUUAUUUUAUUUUAUUUUUUAAUUAGGAAAAAAGCUCCAGGUUUACUUUUGCUCAGUUUUAAUUCCUUGUUUAUGAAAUUGAGUCAAACAAUAAGCAAACUCAACUAAACUGCAGGUGAUUUAUAUUAUAAGUACCUUUUAUCUAAUUUCUUAGCAGAGCUAUUCUGACAAGGGUUUUGCCUCAUGGAAUACUUCUCUUUCCUCGUUUCUCCCAUGUUCAUUCUGAGCUCCUUCAUCUUAUCAUAUGCUUUGAUACAAAGAGAAACAGAUUGAAACAAAUGAAGGGAAACUCAAAUGACUUAAGCUGUAUAUUUUCUUUUUUUUUUUAUUUUGGAAGACUGUGAAUAGCAUUAAAAUAGUUCUUCUGCUCAUGAUCUUAUUAUAUGGAUGGCAAAAAUAGAACACUCUCGGAUGAAAACUCCUUGAUUUGUUGACAUCUUAUAGCCGUGGCUUUCAGCUGGUCUAGAGAAGCAAAAUAUUCCUCAAUUGAUAGAGCACCAGACUUGCUUGCCCACAUUACAAAGCAGACAAUAGUGUGUCAUAUUUGCGAUAUGACACAAAUCCAAGUUAAUGCAUGAAAAUUUGAUCUGAAAUAAUAAUUGUAAAUGGGACACAUCCUAUGUGUUGGAAUGUAACAUGGAGUCAGGGGUGAAUUCCCUGAAAAUUAAAAAUCUGGAAACCAAGAAGUUAGCAAAACUAGGGUCCUGUCCAAGCUACCCUAAGAAAGCUACCCUGACGCGCAGUGUGUAAUUCACCUGCAGUGAAUUAAAAGCAUGUGAGAUUAGAAACUGCUGUAUUUCAUUGCUGGAUGCAAGGUUUCUCCUCUCUAUACUAUAAAUUCAUCAUGACUAAUAAAAAUUCCAUUGAUUUCAGUAGAUCCAAAUUUUGCUCAGUUUGGACCAAACCCAGUAUACUUUUUUCUCCUUGGGCAGCGUUUGCAUCUUCUCAAAAAAAAAAAAAAAAGGUUCCCAGAAUUUCAUACAUUUUAAAUACAGGAAGCAUCUGUAUUAAUGCUUGUUGGGAUGACUUAAAGUGUACUGAGAAUUUCAAAAGUUAUUAAGAUUUUGCCCUGAGCUUCUCAUGAUAGCAAAUGACUUACAUCAGCAGUUUUUGAACAGGAGGGCUAACUUUUACAAAUCUUGAUGUAUCUUCCAGUAAUGAGCUUUUUAAAAAAUGACAAAAUGCACCAUAUUUUUUAUUCUUCAGCAGGCAUUUUAAGUUGCAGUAAUUAAAUCUGAAUGUGAAUAUUAUUUCUU